CCCUCCACUGCUGAACGCGAUCGCCGCCGCGGGGGAGAACAGCGCUGUAUGCGAAGGAGGGGGGAGAGGGGGGAGAGAGAGCGAGAGAUACGUCCACCCCCUUCCCUCGAUCUGCCGUCUGUCGCUACGGGCGUCGUAACUUCUCAACGACCCGCGGUUCGCCGUUUAACGGACACUCCGCAUGCCGAGCGGAGCGGCGAUGCGCCCUCUGCGGACCGGCGGCGAGUCGGAGCGGGAGUCGAUCGCAGUUGCCGGCGCCGUGGUCGGGCGAGUCGUCAGCGGCUAGAGAGGUUAGCUCGCCCGCUAGCCGGCUAACGAGGCUAAGCCGUCGCGAAGCUAGUCGGCUCUAACCCGCCGUGGCGUUCAUGUGGCGCAUUCCUGCCGCUAGUGGCGAAGGGCGAGCGGUGGUGGUGGGGGGUUAUUGUGUGUGUGUGUGUGUGGAGUCCUGCCGUGCCUCGGAGGGUCCGUGUUUGGAAGCGCUCCCCCGUCAUUUUUUUAUGAUUUCCCUCCUCCCUCUCUCCCUCCCUCUCUCUCUCUCCCUCCCUCUCUCUCUCUCUCUUCCCAAGUUUUGCCGUUCCCCCCGACAGGCGCCCAGAGGCGGCUAACAUGUUAGCUAGCAGACGCGGACAUUGUCGGCUGGCUAGUCGUAGCCGGCUGCCCCCCGCCGCCGUGCGAGUUCGCCGCUCGGUGAGGCUCGUCUAGGUCGCUGUCGGGCUCUGUAAACGGGAGCACCGUUUAUUUUAAUUUUUAAUUUUAAUUUUUUUUAUUAUCGGCCAUCUCAUCGGGACGAUCUCUCGGAACCCAAUUAGUGCUUCGUUUCUCUCUCUCUCCCCCCCUCCUCCUCCUCCCUUUAUUCCUCCCUUUAUUCCUUCUCGAUGCGUCGUCCCGGGUUUGAGACAUCGGCUCAAGUCACGGAGCUGACUUGAGGGCGAACGGGGAGGAGGGGGGCCGGAGCCGGCGGAGGGGGGGGGGCCGAAGAGAGCCGAUCGCAGAGUUCGCGACAUCCGGAGGAGCCCCCGACCACCGCGCCGAAGUCGGCGUCUCGACCGUGCGCCGCGAUGCGGACCUUGGCCGAAUUCGGGCUUUGCGUGGUGAUUCUCCUCACCCCGGUGGCUGCAGCACAGGGCGAGGAGAGGGAGUGUGCAUUCACGGACCAGCAGCAGCAGUGGGAGAUGGAGCGAGUGGCGGGGGACGAAGGCCGCGUCUCCCCGGAAAACACCACCAUUCGCUGUGCCAAAGGGAGCCACUGCUUCGGUCUGUGGGAGAAAAGUCCGCCGGGGGACGUGCGCCUGGUCAAGCAAGGUUGCUGGACGCACCUGGCUGACCAGCAGGAAUGCCGUGAUGACCGCUGUGUGGUGACCAAUCUGCCCCCGCAGAUCCAAAACGGGACGUACCACUUCUGCUGCUGCGGCAGCGACAUGUGCAACGUCAACUUCACGGAGGACUUCCCCCCACCAAGUCCCACCACGGUCCAGCCGUUCUACACACGCACGUUGCACUAUGAGGAGACGGUGAUCAUCACCCUGGCGUCUGUCUCAGUGCUGGCCGUGGUUGCCGUAGCAGCCUUCUUUGGUUACCGCAUGAUGCACGGAGAUGGUAAACAAGGUCUCCACAACCUGAACAUGAUGGAGGCUGCAGGUUCAGAGAGUUCGCUGGACCUAGACAACCUCAAACUGCUAGAGCUCAUCGGCCGCGGCCGGUACGGCGCUGUGUACUGUGGCUCACUGGACGAGCGACCCGUGGCGGUCAAGGUGUUCACGGCAGCCAACCGUCAGAACUUCCUUAACGAGUGCUCCAUAUACCGGCUCCCACUGCUGGAGCACGACAGUAUCGCCCACUUCGUGGCCGCCGAUGAGCGGACCGGUGCGGAGGGACGGACCGAGUACCUGCUGGUGAUGGACUGCUACCCACACGGUUCUCUGAGCCGCUUUUUGAGCCUUCAGAUUAACGACUGGACCAGCAGCUGCCGACUGGCCCACUCUGUCACCCGAGGCCUGGCCUACCUGCACUCCGAACUCUUCAAAGGAGACUUGUACAAGCCGGCUGUGUCGCACAGGGACCUGAACAGCCGGAACAUUCUUGUCAAGGCCGAUGGCACAUGUGUCAUCAUCGAUUUCGGCUUAUCCAUGAAGCUGACAGGCAACCGGCUCCCGCGCCAUGGAGAGGAGGAAAACGCCGCCAUCAGUGAGGUGGGUACAAUCCGAUACAUGGCCCCGGAAGUGCUGGAGGGAGCGGUGAACCUGAGGGACUGUGAGUCGGCCCUGAAGCAAGUGGACAUGUAUGCCUUGGGUCUGGUUUACUGGGAGACCUUUAUGAGAUGCACAGACCUCUUCCCCGGAGAGUCAGUGCCAGAGUACCAGAUGGCGUUCCAGGCAGAGGCAGGAAACCACCCCACGUUUGAGGACAUGCAGGUCUUGGUGUCCCGUGAGAAGCAACGGCCCAAAUUCCCUGAGGCCUGGAAGGAGAACAGCUUGGCGGUGCGCUCCCUAAAGGAGACCAUGGAGGACUGCUGGGACCAGGAUGCUGAGGCUCGUCUGACGGCCCAGUGUGCAGAGGAGCGGCUGGCUGAGCUGCUCCUAAUCUGGGACCGAUCCAAAUCUGUCAGCCCCACUCUCAACCCCAUGUCCACCACACUGCACAACGAGAGAAAUCGUAUGACACCAAAGUCUGGCCCGUACCCAGACCAUCCGUCCUCUUACAUUGAAGAGCAGGAGGGGGCAGCCAAGAACACACAGUUGGACACCGCCUCCUCUGUGAGCGGUCGAGGUGGGGCCGGGGAGAGAAACAGGAACUCCAUCAACCAGGAGCGCCAGCAACAGGCUAAUGCCCGUCUGCCCAGCCCAGAAUGCAGCAGCACCAGCGCGGCUGGCGCAGGCCUCAGAGGGAGCCCCUCCACUUCCACCACCACCACCACUGUCAUCUCUGAGUCUGAGGGGUCGGCAGGGGGAACAACAGUCCCCGUAUGCCUUCACCUCACCCAGGAAGACCUGGAGACCACCAAGCUGGACCCCAAAGAAGUAGACAAGAACCUAAAGGAGAGCUCUGAUGAGAAUCUGAUGGAGCACUCCCAGAAGCAGUUCUGCUCACCUGACCCGCUCAGUCCUGGCAGCUCUAGCCUACUCUAUCCGCUCAUCAAGAUGGCGAGCGAGGCCUCGGGCACACCGGAACCCACCACUGUGCCUGCAACCAUAUUCCCCCUGCCCAAGCAGCAGAACCUGCCCAAGAGGCCGUCCAGUCUCCCCCUGCGCACAAAGCCCUCUAAGAAGGAGUCCGCAUCCUCCUCACUCAGGUUCAAGUUCGGACGCUCGGGGAAGUCCAACUUGCGGCAGGUGGAAGGGACCAAGAUGAACGUUGCCCCUGCAACGAGCACAAACGGCACCACAGAGGCUCACAGGGUCAGCAGCACCAACAACCUGCCUGCUCUGCGAGACGUGCACGUCGAUGGCACCGUCUACAGCACCGUGAGCGCUCAAACCAGCAGUGGUGUUUCCUCCAUGGCAGCAGGUGGUGCCACAGGGUUUGAGGGGGCCGGUGUAACUCAGAACAGCUCCGGAGCGUUGAGGUCAGAUGACAGCCGGCUGAGCUUGGGCCUCAUCACAGCCAGCCCCGAUGAACACGAGCCUCUGCUGAGCCGCGAGAGAGAGCAGCCUGACUCGAGAGACAGCACCACGAGCAUGGCCCCUCUCCGCUCAGCCCGCCCCAACACCAACAACAACAACAGCAACAGCAACACUGGACAUGGCCAAGGCGAUGGUGGCAGUGAAGAAGAGGGUGAAGGAGGGGAGGAGGAGCAGACCGGAGGAGAGGAGGGCAGCAGGGAGGCCACAGGACCUCCAGGAGAGAGUUCAAGCUCUGGGUUUGGUGUGAUGGACCCCCAAGCAGCCGCCCCAGUGACCAUGAGAGGGGAAGCCCUUCUCAGACAGCCCAAAGCCCGAAGGCCAGAAAGACCCAACUCCCUGGAUCUGUCCUUCACUACCCGGGAUCUGGCUUCACUAGGGGAGGACAUGACACAGCGGGAGGGAACGUUGGGCACAGGAGAAAAGAUUAAGAAGCGCGUCAAAACGCCAUACUCCCUGAAACGAUGGCGCCCCACGACUUGGGUCAUCUCCACAGAUACUAGGGGGCCAGAGGUCAACAACAACGGGUCCGCCCAGUGUCAAGGUCAAAGUCAGAGCCGGCCCAAGUCCAGCUCGACCAUCUACCUCCGGGGGAGCGAUUCUGCCUGUGAACCCAGCGACACCCAUGUAUGAACUCAGAACCCUCUCAGAGGACUCAAACAGUUUGUUUCUUGGGUUUUUCUUUUCUUUUUCUUUUUUUUUGAGAUGUUUUUUUUUAAGCUCUCAGUUGUGAUUUUGAAUCACCUUCAGCAAGAGGAAGCUAUCAAGAGUCUCACUAUCAAACAGCCGAGUCUGCUCAUAGACAGUAAUUUGGGUCUGUCUCGCACUUGUCUCUUCUGACGACGGCAUUGCUUUAAAUGGAAUCCAGCUAUGCAGCAUUCUCAUUUGCUUCGGUUACAGUGUUGUUGUUUUGUUAAUAUCUUUUCAUUUUGUUGUUUCCCCCCUCCACAUAUUUCAUUCACAGGUGCACAGCGAUGUUUUGAAUGGAUUUAGCUCUCGGUGCACUUUUGAACCAGUUGAUGAAUCAGUGUUUAGAAGUCCUGUCGGUUGUGACCAUGACAAAAAGUGGUCUCUAAACUCAAAAUAGCGACGAAAAACAAUCAACAAUUUGAGCAUUCUAUUUUUUGGUAGACGAUCGGGAGAAGGCUCUGUAAAAAAGAAAAAAAAAUCAAUGGUCUUAAAGACGGAAAACACUAAUUUCACUUUUUUUUUUUUUGAUGAUUUGUAUGCAAUACCAUUUUUUCCAUUGUGUAUUCAUUUUGUUUGUAUGAUGAUUUUUAAUUGUGCAAUAGGAUAUAGCUUUUAGACGCUCUUUUAUUUUUGCUUUUAUUAUCCUGGUUAUUGUUUUAUCUCUUCAUUCUUUCGAUAUGUUUAUCUCCGUUGCACUUAUGAAUAGUCACAAUCAUAUGUAAACAAUCCACUAUAUUCUACCUACGCCGCCCCCAAACCCCCGCCUUCUUCCAUUCCUUGCUUUGUCAUGGAGAGGAAAUUAUGGAUGACAAUCCUCCUCUCCUUCUUUCUUUCCUCUCUGGACCUUAUCUGUUGGGGUGACAAACGGACAGAAAAAGAUGAUUCUAACAAUCAGUCCCCAACUGGUUGGUCGGAUGGAGGGGUGGAGGGUGUGGGGUUCUCGUGGAACUUCUCUGCUUGCACAAUUUUACCAGGAAUGGCCCCACCCCCGGUACUACAGGGGCCUUUUAACUCUACAAUCACGAGCCACGAUAGACGGAGGGAUCUGUUACAGUGGCUGAGUCAACCACCGCACCACGAUCACCUGACCUCACUGUGGACUUUUCUGUCUGUCUGUCCGUCCGUCCGUCUGUAUGUGUCGUCUUAUCUGUGCGUUUGUUGGUAUGUACGUAACUGAAAAACCGGAGAAACUACCAAGCCGACAUUUUGCUCUUGAAACUAACUUGGAAAUUGGAACAGUUGUCUCAAAAAAAAAAUUCUGAAGCACGCUAGAUAUUAUUUCUGCUUAUUGUCGUGUCAUCCAUUUAUAUUCUAGUAAGUGUAUUUGUGCAUGCAUGCGUGUGUAUGCAUGUGUGUGAGAGAGACAGUGAGAGAGAGACAUUAUAUAUAUAUAUAUAUAUAUAUAUAUAUAUAUAUAUAUAUAUAUAUAGUGGGUUUGUGAGUGAGUCGGUGUGUGUGAACACUUGCUUUGUUCCUUAAUGUCAGCUAGUUUGAACUGUGGGGCUUGCGCUGUACAGGCAGUCUGAAAUGUUAUGGUACUUCAUUUGGUAUUUUCAGCGCUGCUUCAGGGCAAAUGAAAAGAUCUCAAUUAUGUUUUUGUAACCUGUAAUUUGUAAGAGAAAACAUGUAUGUGUAUUGCAUUGAUAUUUGCAUUGUUUUUAUGGAAUCCUGUUUUGCAUUCAAUGGACACGGCCUUUCUUUCCAUUGCUAUGCCUCUGCUCAGUACAAUUUUCUGUAAACAUUUUCAAGUCAAUAUGGAAGAAAAAAAAAUCUCAAUAAAUGUAUGAAAGAAUUGUCGGUUG